AUAAAAAAAAUGCCUGGGCCAAUUCUAAAUUUGAUGGAAGUUAUUCUCAUGCUAAACGUCAGUUGGCUGAAUUUAAUCAAUAUAAAGGCAAUGGAAAACGUGUUUGGGUAUCCGAGAAAAGUGAUAUAGAUACCUUACUCGGUAACAUUCAGACUAAACUCAAAACAUACGAAUUACAGCCUUAUCAUCCACCUACAGGACUAACACUAACUGAUUUGGAUAAGGUUUGGCAAAGUUUGAUAGAUGCUGAAGUUAAGCAAUAUAAAACGAUUAAUGACAAAAUCAGAGAAAUCAAGGAAAGUUUACGUAGAACAUUUGCUCAGUCUGCGAAUGAUUUUCAGAAAAGUUUGGAUUCAAUAUCUCACGCAUUGACUGAAUUAGAUGGUAGAUUAGAU